GAAAGGGCUUUCUCAUAAAAACGCUGACGGAUUGUCAAGACGGACUUGCGAGUCGUUUGGCUGUGAAUAUUGCGCUAAAGUGGAGAGAAGGAGUUCUGAAAGUUCGAAAAAGGAAGUCGCUCGCAUCGUUUUAGAGGCGGAAAAUUUGAAAGAGUGGCGAGAGGAGCAGAGAGUAGAUCCGAGCAUCUCGAUCAUACUUCGUGGAAAGGAAGCUGGAGUUCGUCCUUCUCGCACUGAGAUUGCUGCGGAAGACGUUUCCGCUCAGGUCUAUUGGGCAUACUGGGAUGCUUUAGUCCUGAAAGAGGGAAUACUUUACAGAAAGUGGGAAGCUCCGAAUCUUAAAUCCAGUUUUCUUCAGCUUAUUGUUCCUCGAAGACUAGUCAAAGGGAUUUUAGAGGAAAUGCAUAACUCCCCAUCAGGAGGACAUUUUGGGGUGGAAGCUUUCGCAUUAAGGAAUAUGAGAGCAAAAACAGUUGCGGAGAUUUUCGUAGGCCAGUUUGUUUCCAGACAUGGAGUGCCUUUGGAGGUUCAUACCGACCAAGGGAAAAAUUUUGAAUUGAAGCUUUUCGCAGAGUUGAUGAGACUACUUGACAUAAGGAAGACCAGGACUACUGCUUUACAUCCACAGUCAGACGGGCAAGUAGAACGUCAGCAUCAAACGAUAACCAAUUAUCUGGCGAAAUAUGUCUCUGAAAAUCAAAAAGAUUGGGAUCGAUGGAUCCCUAUGUUUCUCCUGGCAUAUAGAUCUGCAAAACAUGAGACAACUGGAGUUUCCCCUGCGGAAUUAUAUUUCGCUCGUGAUCUCAGGUUACCUUCGGAUCUCUUGCGGGGGAGUCCUUCGAAGUCUCUUGGAGAGGAGCCUCCUCUG